UUUGCAAAUAUAUAAAUAGUGCCACAUCCACCGCCAUAAUCAUCAUCAUUUUUAUUUGAUUUUUUUUGGCUGAUUUUGGUCGGUUGGUUGGUCGGUCGAUAGGUCGGUUGGUUGGUUGGUGGUAUCAGAGAUUCAUCGAUUCGAAAACAAAAAGAAAGAAAGAAAAAAAAAUUGACAUCUGUGUUUGUGUGUGUUUUUGUGUGCUUGGAAAUGUGCCGAAAAACUUGGUGUCCCAGUGGUCACCAUUGUCCUGAAGGUCUAACAUGUAUGCUGGUGUUUGCAAUAUUUUCUGCCGUACUUGGCAUGUUUCAAUUUGGUUACAAUACCGGAGUGAUAAAUGCACCACAAAAGAUUUUAGAAAAUUUUAUUGCCGAAGUAUACAAAUCACGAACAGGUAAAUAUAUGUCUGAAGAUAUGUUAACAUUAGUAUGGUCGGUAACAGUUUCAAUAUUCGCUGUUGGUGGUAUGAUUGGCGGUAUAUCUGGCGGUGCUAUCGCUGAUUAUUGUGGAAGAAAAUGUGGUCUAUUGCUCAACAAUGCCAUUGCCAUAUUGGGUGCUACAUUGAUGAGUUCAUCACAUUUAUUCUGUUCAAUAGAAUGUCUUGUGUUUGGUAGAUUUUUUAUUGGUCUAAGUUGUGGACUAAAUACUGCACUUGUGCCUAUGUAUCUAUCGGAAAUAGCACCAAUGACAUUAAGAGGUGCACUUGGAACAGUAAAUCAAUUGGGCGUAACCAUUGGACUAUUAUUAUCACAAAUAUUGGGCCUAUCACAAAUAUUAGGCACUGAAGAUGGAUGGCCAUUUUUAUUGGGUGUGGCAUUCAUACCAGCAAUUUUACAAUUGAUGCUUUUACCACAAUGUCCGGAAUCACCUAGAUAUUUAUUAAUUUCAAAAGGACGGUUAACUGAAGCCACUUAUGCAUUACAACGAUUACGAUGUACAACAAAUGUUGAAGAUGAUAUUGAAGAAAUGCGUAUUGAAGAUAGAGCCCAACAACAAGAAGCUAAGAUUACAAUGUUACAAUUGAUCAAAAAUCGUUCAUUACAAACACCAUUGAUUAUUGGCACUGUGAUGCAAUUAUCACAACAAUUGUCCGGCAUAAAUGCCAUUUUUUAUUAUUCAACCAAUAUAUUCACUAUUGCUGGACUUGGUGAUGAUUUGGCCAAAUAUUCUACAAUUGGUGUCGGUGUCGUCAUGGUGUUAAUGUCAUUAGUAUCGAUGAUGUUGAUGGAUAGAACUGGUCGCCGUACAUUACAUUUAUAUGGACUUGGUGGAAUGUUUAUAACGAGCAUGUUUUUAACCAUAUUCUUGUUAUUUGGUUUUCUAUAUACAUGGAUGUCUUAUAUGAGCGUCAUCAGUACAUUAAUUUAUGUUGUAUUUUUUGCUAUUGGACCGGGAUCAAUUCCUUGGAUGAUAACUGCCGAGCUUUUUUCACAAGGUCCAAGACCAGCUGCCAUUAGUAUUGCAGCAUCAGUAAAUUGGUUUACUAAUUUUGUUGUCGGUUUAGCAUUUCCAAUUAUGAUACAAUUUAAAGAUAAAGCAAUGGAUAAAUAUGCAUUUUUACCAUUCACUGGAUUUUUAGCCAUUUUUUGGAUAUUCACUUAUUUUAAAGUGCCCGAAACUAAAAAUCGUACAUUUGAAGAGAUAUCGGCUUUAUUUCGUAAAGAUGGUUCUGAUAAUUUAAUACAAAUUGAUGAUAAUGUUGGUGGUUCACAACAAUUCACUCAUGAUGGCCAAGCACCAUCAUCAUCUGGAAAUGCUGCUGUGGCUGGUAUUGGUGGACAUCAAUCAUCAUCACAGACUGGUCUUGAAUCACAUAAUUCUAGUUCUGGUGAUAUUUAUUCACAUAAAUCAAGUAGUGGUGAUAUUAUUUUUGCUGAUGAAAGAACCUUGGAAAAAUGUAAGAAUGGAGAUUCUUUGGAUAUUUGUAAAGAACCCGAACAGCAGCAGCAGCAACAACAACAACAACAACAAUCUAGUCAACCACAGAAUCAGGAUUUUAAGUUUAAACAAUAUCCCGAUUAUAAAACAAUAUCGACAUGAUUUUAUAUUUUUUUAAUUCGAUAAUUGAUAAUUGUGCCCUUUUUUUUUUUUUUUUUUUUUUUUUGUUU